AUGAAGCAAUAUCAGAUCCUGACUCUCCUUGCCUGCGUGGCUUCGGCCGCUGCCCAGGGUGUCACGGCCAAGAUCGCCCCCGAAGCCAAGGCCCCCACGGGAUGUGGCCUGAAUUUCAACGACAGGUUCGAGCUGGACAUCUUGGAACUCGGCAACCCAACCAAAAGAAGCGAGCAGCUCCGCCAGUGCCAUGGCGAAGGCACUCUCGUUUCCCAGCUUGUGGAUGGUGUGUUGACCGACGCCCAUGGUCGAACCGGAUACAUUGCCUCGAAUUUCCAGUUCCAGUUUGACGGUCCCCCUCAGGCUGGUGCAAUCUACACGGCUGGCUUCUCGGUGUGCAACAACGGCUCUUUGGCGUUGGGCGGGUCCACCGUCUUCUAUCAAUGCCGCUCCGGUGACUUCCAAAACCUUUACGACCGCUGGUGGGCUGAGCAGUGCAGUCCUGCAGAGAUCUUGGUAAUCCCUUGUGGUGACAGCCAUCAGGACGCUGCGAUCAACGGCGUCGUUGUCGGGACCACAAUCCUACCCACGACAGUGGUUAUCCCACAGAGUGAUGGUGAGGGGAAGGCCGUGGUUACUACGGCAGCUGUUCCGCUAUGCUCUGUUGGCCAGAUCGGAGAUGGUCAGAUUCAGGGACAUCCGACCCUCUGUUCCGAAUUUGAGUUCCCCACGCCACUGACGGACCUGGUACCUGUUUCUGAGUAUGCCGAUGGUCAGAUCCAAGUGACACCUCCUGCCCCUAAGACACCUGGAAACCCCCAGUCGCAGCUUACGCCCCCUAAUUCAGUUCCCAACAUCUUUUUGACGACUACUCCUGCUUCCGGAUCGCCGCCAGCCCAGAAUACCGAGGUUCCUCCCGGGGUCAUUGUCGUGCCGCCCAAGCCCAGCGUCGUGAUCACCAACGAUGCCGGCCGCCGCUGGCUAUCCAGUAUCAACGGAUACAUAGGCAUUGCCCUGGGCGUUUUCGGUGGCAUGCGGUUCAUCUGAGCACAUGUCGUGGCGGAGUGAGAUAAUGUGUUAGGGAGGAGGGGAUGAAUACAUGAUUAGAAGUCGGUGAUGUACAUAAAUUAGGGAGUCACGCCAGAGCGAGCACAUUUAACAGGUUUUGGGGCUAACUUUGUCCUUUCUUUCUCCACCUCUUGAUGCCGAGUGAAGUUGGUGACUACGAAGUUGGUGAUGCACAUGGGUUUCUCGAUUGCGUGGUGUUGAUUGACAUUCCCGAGUGGUCGUAACUGAACGCAUCUCGAUCAGGACAUUCCACUUUCGGUAUGCUCUUGUUUUGCAUUCAAAAGUUUUUAAUAUACCUUCAAAGUUGAUUUCUGGGCAGUUCCUGAAUGGAGAAAUUGUUAAUGGGC